AUGCCUUCUUGUGAUGCAUAUGGACGGUCAGACAGCUACCGCGUGGCCACCACGCAGGACAAGGAUAAGAAGGAGUCGCCCAAAAAGAAGGGAGGCAAGGAUCUGGAUGAUCUCAAGAAGGAAGUUCCCAUAACGGAACACAAAAUGUCUGUUGAGGAAGUUUGCCGGAAAUACGCCACUGAUAUUGUCCAGGGUUUGACCAAUGCCAAGGCAGCAGAGUACCUGAUCAGGGACGGCCCAAACACCCUGACUCCACCCCCCACCACCCCGGAGUGGGUCAAGUUCUGUCGCCAGCUGUUCGGGGGCUUCUCCAUCCUGCUGUGGAUCGGUGCCCUCCUCUGCUUCCUGGCCUACGCCAUCCAGGCUGCCACUGAGGACGAGCCCGCUGGGGAUAACCUGUACCUGGGUAUCGUGCUGUCAGCUGUCGUCAUCAUCACCGGCUGCUUCUCCUACUUCCAGGAAGCUAAGAGCUCCAAGAUCAUGGAGUCCUUUAAGAACAUGGUCCCUCAGCAAGCCCUGGUGAUACGUGAGGGAGAAAAGAUGCAGAUCAACGCUGAGCAGGUGGUGGCAGGAGACCUGGUGGAGGUGAAAGGAGGAGACAGGAUCCCCGCUGACCUCCGCAUCGUCUCCUCCCACGGCUGCAAGGUGGACAACUCAUCCCUGACCGGUGAAUCCGAGCCUCAGACGCGGUCCUCUGACGGCACCCAUGACAACCCCCUGGAAACCCGUAACAUCGCCUUCUUCUCCACCAACUGUGUCGAAGGAACAGCGCGCGGCAUCGCUGUCUGCACUGGAGAUCGUACAGUGAUGGGCCGCAUCGCCACCCUCACCUCAGGCCUGGAGACUGGCAAGACACCCAUUGCUAAGGAGAUCGAGCACUUCAUCCAAAUCAUCACAGGCGUGGCCGUCUUCCUCGGCAUGUCGUUCUUCAUCCUGUCAAUCGUCCUGGGUUACUCCUGGCUGGAGGCCGUCAUCUUCCUCAUCGGAAUCAUUGUUGCUAAUGUUCCCGAGGGACUGCUGGCCACCGUCACUGUGAGUAGAAAGAGACAUCUCUCAAUGUUUGAUGGUUAGGUAGGGAAAAGUUAUUGUGUUUCUGAGGGACAGGAAUUAUUAGCUAUGUUUACAAGGUUGAUGUCCAGUUGUG